AAAUUUUUUUAUUUUAAAUUUUUUUUUUUAUUCUUGUUAAUAAAAAAAUAUUUCUUUUGAAUAUCUCCUAAAUAUGGUUUUUAAAAAUCGCGUAAUUCAUACCGGAUAUAAAAAACGUGCAAGCUCACUUUAUUAAGUUACACAAUAGACGCGUUACGUAACUUUUGAUACUUAAACGACACAUCCUGGUGCUAAAUAAUUAUUUUAAUAAAUACCUGACUUCGUUCCUGCGGAUUUUCGUUUUUCAUAAAGCGAUCUUAUUUAUAAGGAGUUUUAAGAGUCAUUGAAUUAUGUCUUAUGAGCACGUACCUGAGGCUUCUUUAGUGACUUUGACACGUCAAAAAGAGAAUGUUUUCGUUGAGGAAUCACGAAAAGCGUUAAAACGCCAAAUAGAAGAUAAAGAAAAUUUUGAAAACGUUCAACACAACAAAGUUCAAUUAACUGGUGAUUGUAAGUCAAUAAAAAUACAAGCGACGAAAUAUAAUGAAAAAGUGAAAGAAAAUAUUGAUAAUUUAGAAAGAAACGAAGAUAAACCUACUUUUCAAAACCUUUCCAAGAUUCAUAACCUUUUGGUAGUUGACGUAAAAGAUACACACAAAUCCAAGAAAGUGACUUUAAUAAAUGAAAAUAAUUUGGAAGAAUUUUUGCUCAAUUUGUGUGAUUCCUGGAUGGAUACAAAGAUUUUUAAGAAUGAUACCGUUAGUAUUUUUGGUGAAUUUAAACAUAGGACAUGCACAGCGAACGAUACGAACAAUGUUAUUAUAAUUGUCAACCCUGAUAUACUCGUAUCAUCUACCUGCGUUAGUGAAGCAUACGGUUGUAUGAGGAGGGCUAUUUUAAAGGAGCGAAUAAGUAGUGGCAAUUUUAAUACCGCAUCUGCUAUUCUUGGAACUCUUAGUCACGAGUACUUCCAAGAUUGUUUAAAACAUAAUGAUUUUUCAUCAUCUUAUAUGGAUUUGACAUUAAAACAAAUUAUGAAAAAAAAUAUCCCAAAAUUAUACUUUGCUAAUUUAAAAGAAUCAAAAGUUAUUAAAGAAUUAUCGGAAAGAAAAACCAUAUACCAUAAUUUUGCUGAAUGUUAUAUCGGUCAAGUGCCAAAAUUUGGUUUGGGUAAGAUCGAAAGCAUUCGAGGCGAUGAACAUUCACUUGUUUGUAUCAGUAAAACUUUGGAUGUUGAGGAACGUAUUUGGUCUCCAGCAUUCGGUCUCAAAGGAGUUUUAGAUGCUUCAAUUGAGGUCAAAGUUUUAGAAAACAAGACUUUGAAAAAAUAUAUUAUGCCGUUAGAAAUAAAAACUGCUUGGAAGGAGGAUCAUGCUCAUAAUUUACAAACAAUAUUAUACUGCGUAAUGAUGAAUGAUCAUUAUAAAGUUGAUGUCGGAUCAGGCUUACUUUAUUACGUAAAAAGCAGUAAUGAUCAAAAGGCAGGAAAAUUAAAAAGAAUUCAUGUAUCAGUUCAAGAAUUGCGAGAAAUACUAAAGACUCGUAACGAAAUUGUAUGGUAUAUCUCAAAUCGACAACGGCAUAUUUUGCCACCAAUGAUUAAAGAUUCUUAUGUAUGUGGUAAAUGUAACAUUAGGUCCACAUGCUUUCUUUACAAUAAGGCUUUCGAAAAAGGUACAUCAGAAGAAUCUGGCGUUGUUGAACUCUUUGAUAAUGCUACUGCACAUCUUGAAGAAAAUCACGUUGAAUUCUUUCGAAAAUGGGAAGAAUUAAUUAAGUUAGAAGAAGAAAAUAUGAACCAGAUUCGACCACAAAUAUGGAAUACAUCACGUUCAAAUAGUGAUCCUACCCAAAGCCUUUAUAACAUGCAUUUAGAUUUGAAUAGUAUAAUCGAAUUUCCAGGGUCAACUGGAUUAUGUCAACUCAAUUGCAAAUUUUUUCAAAUAGAUUCUAAAGGAAGAUCAUUAUUGGAUACUCAAUUCUGUAUCAAUGAUUUUGUUGUUGUAUCUUCUGAACAAGGACAUUAUGCUUUAUCUACUGGCUUUGUGACUGAAAUUACACCAGAUUAUAUUUGUCUAACUUUGGAUAAAAAACCUCGUGGAGGUCCGAAACACGCAACAGACUUUGAUAUAGAGUCUUGUCACAGUUUUUUAGGGUUACAAGAUAGAUCGAAAAAAGAAGAAAUAAUAAAAAAUCCUUUAGGAUUUGAUUUGGCCACAACUUCUUAUCGAAUUGAUCGUGAUGAGCUGACUUCUAGUAUAAAAUUAGUACGACAAAAUCUUGUCAGUCUUCUUAUGGAUGAUUCAACUAGAAGGUUAAGACAACUAAUUAUUGAUCUUGAUGCACCACGAUAUAGUCGAACUUUUUCUACUCUAACAAAUUAUAAUGAUCUUAAAAAAGAUUUGAAUGAAGAUCAGAUUAAUGCAUUUGAAUUGGCUUUGAAGGCCGAAGAUUAUGCAUUAAUUUUGGGGAUGCCGGGAACUGGAAAAACCUUUACUAUAGCCCAAAUUAUUAAAGCACUUUUACGUAGAGGUGAAUCAGUGCUUCUUGCUUCUUAUACUCAUUCUGCCGUUGAUAAUGUCCUUUCAAAACUAAACGGUCACAGUAAAGAAAUAUUGAGAAUCGGCGAUAAAAUCCGAUAUUUACUAAACGAAGGUUCGACUAUUGUAUCAUCGAUGAAGCAACACAAAUAACAUUACCUACUUGUAUUGGACCACUUCGUUUUGCAGACCGAUUCCUUCUAGUUGGUGACCAUAAUCAAUUACAACCUUUAGUACUCAGAACAGAAGCUAUUAAGAAAGGAAUGGAAAAGAGUUUAUUCAAAACCUUUACAGAAAUUCAUCCAAAUGCAGUUGCAAAUUUAAGAUACCAAUAUAGAAUGAAUGAAGACAUUAUGAAUUUAUCCAAUUCAAUAAUUUAUGAUAGUAAGAUGCUUAACGGGUCAAUGAUUACGGCUCAAACACUUUUAUACAUUCCUAAAUGGAACGAAGAUUUUCUUUCCCAGUUUCAUGACCCGGAUUAUUAUUGCUGUCAUGAAAGUUGUUGGCUAAAGGAUGUAAUUGAUCCAAAAAGAUCAUUGAUUAUGAUUAAUACGGAUAACCUUCUU